UCCAGGGGGAGGUGUUGUGUUCCUCACAGUCAAAACAAAAGCAUAUUCCCAUGGUGACUUCUUAGAAGAAGAAAAAACUCUUCAGACAUUAUAAUGAAGAGACAGAGACUUCCCUUGUUCUCAGUUUGUGUAUCCACGAACUCCACAAAACCUUUUAAGAAAAGAAACAAAAAACAACUUUUCUUCAAACAAUAAGUCAUCAACGAUGCCGGCUCUAAAAGUGUUAUCGGCGUUAGAUGUGGCGAGGAUACAGUGGUACCAUUUCAAGGCCAUAAUCGUCGCCGGAAUGGGUCUCUUCACCGACGCUUACGAUCUCUUCUGUAUAGCUCCGAUCAUGAAAAUGAUCGGCCAUAUCUAUUACCACAAAGACUCCAUUGGAACCGCUGUUCUCUCCACUUCUUACGCCAUCGCUCUCCUCGGCACCGCCUUAGGUCAGCUCAUCUUCGGCUACUUAGGUGACAGAGUCGGACGGCGAAGAGUCUACGGUCUCUGUCUCAUGAUCAUGGUCUUAAGCUCCUUCGGCUGCGGUUUCUCUGUCUGCACGACUCGCCGUUCUUGCGUCAUAGCGAGUCUUGGAUUCUUUAGAUUCGUCCUAGGGCUAGGGAUCGGUGGAGACUACCCUCUCUCCGCCACGAUCAUGUCGGAGUUCGCUAAUAAACGGACGCGUGGGGCUUUUAUCGCCGCCGUGUUCUCCAUGCAGGGGCUAGGGAUCUUGAUGAGCUCAGCCGUUACGAUGGCUGUGUGUGAGGCGUUUAAGAACGCCGGAGAAGGGAGUUUGGAGAAAAUGAGAGCGGCAGGGAUGGAGACUUUGGCUCCGCCGGAAGCGGAUAUUGCUUGGAGGUUGAUUCUGAUGAUCGGUGCUCUUCCCGCCGCUUUAACGUUUUACUGGCGAAUGCUUAUGCCUGAAACCGCCAGAUACACAGCAUUAGUUGAGAACAAUGCAAUUCAAGCAGCAAGAGAUAUGCAAAAAGUCAUGUCCGAAUCCAUAUUAUCUCAAAUAGCCGAAGAUACAUCAUCAGAGCCGCCACAACAACCACCGUCUUCUUCCCCCUACAAACUCUUCUCUCGCCGCUUCUUCAGACUCCACGGCCGUGACCUCUUCGCAGCUUCGGCCAACUGGUUCCUAGUCGACGUGGUCUUCUACACAAGCAACCUCCUCCUCUCUCAAAUAUUCACCUUCUCCAACAAACCUCUCAAUUCCACAAACGUCUACGACUCUGCCUUCGAGGUGGCUAAGGUCGCAGCCAUCGUAGCCGCGUGCUCAACCAUCCCCGGUUACUGGUUCACGGUUUACUUCAUCGAUAGAGUUGGUCGAGUCAAGAUUCAGAUAAUGGGAUUUUUCCUCAUGGCCGUUGUUUACUUAGCCGCUGGCAUCCCCUACAGUUGGUAUUGGUCUAAGCAUGAGAAGACUAAUAAAGGCUUUAUGGUUCUCUACGGAUUAAUCUUCUUCUUUAGCAACUUUGGACCUAAUACGACGACGUUUAUAAUCCCAGCGGAGCUUUUUCCGACAAGGUUUAGGUCAACGUGUCAUGGGAUUUCAGGAGCUGCCGGGAAGCUUGGAGCGAUAGUUGGGACUGUUGGUUUCUUGUGGGCCACGAAACACGAUGAAAAGGAGAAAGAGGACGUUUUUCCAGACGUGAAACGCGUGAGGAUCGCGUUUUUGAUCCUUGGCGGCGUUUGUAUCGCUGGGGUGUUGGUGACGUACUUCUUCACGCGUGAAACUAUGGGAAGAUCGUUAGAAGAGAACGAAGAAGAGGACGAGAUUGGUACUACCACAGCAGCACCAGGAGGAUCUCUAUCUGCUAAUGAGUUACUUCCAAGACAAUAGUGAUUUAUUGUCAUAUCACAAGCUAAUCAAUCUCCUUUGAUAUUUCCUCCCUAAUUUCCCUUUGGUUUGUAAUGUUUGAUACUCACAUUCUCAUGUUUAUUGGGAUCUUUUUUUUUCUUCACUUUUUAAUUUUGUGCAUACUAAAGGAUCAUCUUUUUUUAAUUCAUUUUCUAGACUUGCGCAGUUUAGAAACGAAAGAACGUUGGACUUGAGGAUAUGUAAUAUUAAAACAUGACUAAAUGAAUACCACAGCCACUAGCUUUUCGUUUUCUUGUUAGUCUCAUGGAUGUGUUUUAGGUUGUCCUUGAAAACUACUAACGUAAGGUACAAGUCUUCAUGAUUCAGUUUGAAUCUGAAUCUUGAAUGAAGACCUAGUAUUUAAGCUUAGUUACGUUUUUUUUGGGUCAAAUAUGUAGCUUAGUUAGGUUUCCCUUAUGUAUGUUAAUUUAUAGUUUUCUAUGUUAAUUAAAACGCAGACCAUUUGUUCGAUCACUACAAGAAGUUUUGGAUAUACGGAUGGUCAAUGUUAUCGUUAUUGCCUUGCUGAAUCGUCAGAAAUUUUCCGAGAACCAUGAUUGUCGAAAAUUUUAGUCAGGAUAUAAGAUGUUUUCUUGUAGUCCACAGACGAUCCAAAACGAGGAACAAAAAAAAACCAAAGCAAUU